UCUUUACGGUGGAAUGCUCGUGUAACAACACUCGUCGAUUGGUCGCUAAUAAUAUGCAUCUAUUCAUGAUCGCUUUGCGGAUGGUAAUAUAAUGCCGGACAAUUUCGGAGCGACCCGAGCCUCGAUAAUGACUCCUAACCGCGAAUCUAACGUUUUCCACGGAUGAGCGAGUGAUAAGGGAAAAAAGAAAGAACAGAAAAGGACUACGCAAAACGCUGACUUCUGGUCUCGUCGACUAUGUCUGCUUAUAAUGUCAAAGACGCACAGUCCAACGCAUUUUAAUGGGGAAAUAGAUAACUUUUACGAUCCAAACUUUUCUGUGGACAUCAACACGCGGAUGCGAGUUCCGAAGAGCAUUCGUGUAAACGGAGAUUACCCGGACGACGAUAUUGCUAUCACAGAUAGAGCUACGUGGAAUCAAAUACCUGCUAUGGAGAAACUUGAAAUGCACGUGCCAGAAAGGAUUCUUGUUGUCGGACAAGAGCAGCAUGUUGGUACCAAGGCACCACCGCCAGAGAUUGUUUUAGAAAAUGCUGUAAUGCGCACCGAACCUGCUAUAGUCAGAGUACAGACACCUCCGAGAAUUUUGACUCUGGACAAUCAUUACUUCCCGGCGGUGGAUGAAGAGGAGCUUCUUGAAGAUGACGAUGAAAUCAUAAAGCCAAUGGAAGUAGCACCUAAAACAUAUAAUGCAGAGACACAGAUAACAAGACACGUCAGAGAACAAACACCCUUUAAUCCUCUCGACGUGUCUCUACCGCCCAGCGAGGAAGUUCAGCACUUACGUCGUCAAGUAGGUAAAUUAAACCGCAGAGUGAUGGCACUCGAACUAGACAUGCUACAUCGUCAGCAGAGAGACAAGCUUCUGUAUAUCGCGACUAUAGCAUAUUUUAUUCUAAAAGCCUUCUCCUGGAUAACUAGAAACUGAAGAGAGUUGAUAGAGAAGGAAAAAGGGGUAAGAGUAAUGUCAGAGAUAUUUAUUUCCUUAGAACAAAAAAUGUCAAAAACCAACAUCUCGAGCCAUUCUUGCUGUAAGAAAGUAUAACCAAAGACUUUUUAUCAGCGUCUCGUGUGUCAUUGGAGAUAACGGUACAGCAUAUGUGUGAAUGUUUCUAUAUCGUACGAUUAGAAAGACAGAUGACAAGUGUAAUGAUCGAUCAUCUCUCUUACCGUAUUAAAAGUAAAUCUCCCUUAACUUUAAAGGAUAUGUAUGUACUCUAUUAGAUUUGACAAUAUGUAUAUGUUAUUGUUAAUGUAUAUACAGCAUUUUUGGGGAAUUAAUAAACUGGGUUAAUUUUCAUAUGAUGAAUAUACCAAAUGAUAGUCGCACAUAUUAAAUUUGUUAAGCUGAGUAUCUCAUUUUUCUAUAUUCUCAGUAUUACAAUGACAUUCUUAGAAACAGUUUAUUUGUCGGUGCGAUAUCGUGAAAAUGGUAUUUAUUCGAUUGCUGUAUUUAUUCGAUUUAGUACGACUUAUUUCUAAGUAGUUGUUUCUUCUUUGUGGCCAUAACACUUAGAAUUGUAAUCCUAACAUAUAUUGUGACUAAUGAGAUCAAUAAAGUUAUUAUUAUCAAAAUUU